AUGUACAAUAAUGGAUAUAUACACAAUCCAUACAACAACGCGGGCUUCCACAACCAACUACCCGCACUUCCUCACCAAUACUACCCACAAUAUCCUACCAUACCGCAGAAUCCAUAUCCAUAUGUUCGGUCUCCUCCUCCACAGAUGCAGCAUUACGCGCAUCCUCCAAUGCCUCCGCAGCCAUACACCCCCCGACCUCCGCCUCAAGCGUCACCCGUUGUAGUCUCAACCUUCAAACCAGUCCAGACGCAGUCUACAUCCACGCAAUCAAGUCAUACAGUCCCUAUGACCCCUCCUACUCCACAGACGGUCUCUAGUGUUGCGCCUCCUACGCCUGUAGAGACGUCGCCGCCGCGAAACCCAUUCAGAGCACCUUUGCCAUGGUUAUCACGACCGGAUCUCCCUUGGCCAGCUAGACGAGCGCGAAGAAAACGGAAACAGAAUUUGGGGGUCUCGGCAGAACCAGUGGUUUUUGAGGGUUCCGCCGCCAAUGGCCAACCAGGCGUGAGCGACGAGGCUGAAGCUGCUCCCACAACAGAGCAAACUCCAAUUCGCCCAGAAACGCCUUCUACAAAUCAACCGCAAUCAGAAGAAGCCCAUUCGACCAAUCCUACUACGCCCUCCUCUGUGACACAGGCUCCUGUUACACCAAAUGGAGACACGACUCCAGUGGCGCCAAAACACGCACAAAAGCCGGCAAUCCCAGCCGUACCCCUGGUAUCUGCUGUAUCAAAAGGGGUUCCGCAGGAUUCUGCACCCCAAUCUGUUGCUAAAAGUGCUGGAGGCGAUUCCCCAAAAGUAUCAGCACAAGUUGAAGACCAAGACGCUGGUAAAGACAGUGUAGAAGAGGAGAAGGCCACCACAGAUGAUACGCCUGCGCCUGCUCCUGUGGCAUGGGCCAAACCAAAGCUCUGGGCGGGCUUGUUCAAUCCGUCUGCGCCUAGAGCUAAUGCUUCCAAAAAUGAGAAGGGAUCUACUACAGACCAAAAUGAUAGUAAAGCGAACACAGAGUCCCUAGCAGACGCGCUGAGGUCUUUCAGUGUGGAGUCUAAUGACUCGAAGAUUGCGUUUUUGAAGCCCAGGGGGCUUGUCAAUACUGGUAAUAUGUGUUAUAUGAAUUCGGUUCUUCAGGUUCUUGUUUCUUGUGUUCCGUUCUAUUCUUUUCUGGACCAAGUUGGAAAGCGUGCGGCUCACAGCUUUAAGAGUGAUACACCUUUGAUUGAUGCCAUGAUUAUGUUCAUGCGUGAAUACCCGGUUAUCGAUUCAGCAGUCUCUGUUGAGAAACUACGAAUGCGAUUGAAGCAGGGUGAGCUCGAAGAUUAUGGAGAGGCUUUCAUACCGGAGUUUGUAUACGAUGUCACUAAGCACCUAACCAGGUUCUCUGCUAUGCGUAGAGGUCACCAGCAAGAUGCUCAAGAGUUUCUAAAUCUGCUUUUCAUGGAGUUACACGAGGAGUGCGAGAGAAUUAUGCGUGCAAGCACAUCGAAUUCUGCCUCGGCGAUUGCGACACCGAAGAACAACCCUGCUUCUCCCACAGAAGACGCACCAUCAGCAAAUGAAAAUGGAUGGCUCGAGGUAGGACGAAAGCAGAAGGCUUCUACUACUCAGUCCUCUGGAAUUAUAGCCAUUCCUUCCCCGAUCACCAACAUCUUCGGAGGCAAACUCCGUACCGAAGUACGACGUCCGGGACAGACUGAUUCUGUAACCAUAACUCACUUUGAGACGCUUCAGUUAGAUAUUGGAGCCCCCAAUGUCAACAAUAUUGUCGAGGCGCUGAAGGGACUCAGUCGGUCAGAAAUCCUGGAAACUAGCGCAGGAAGAGGUGCGAAGCAAGACUUCUUGGACUCUUUACCAUCCGUCCUUAUUCUUCACUUGAAGCGAUUCCAGUAUGACGAGAAGACCAAUGCAACAUCGAAGAUCUGGAAGAAGGUUGGUUAUCCGUUGGACCUUGAGAUACCUAAGGAGGUGUUCACGCGCCAGAAGCGUGGUGUAUACUCCCAUGGAGGCCUCCCUAGAUACCGCCUCACCGCUGUUGUCUACCACCAUGGGAAAAACGCGAGUGGGGGUCAUUACACCGUGGACGUUAGACGGCAAGACGGCCGUGAGUGGAUACGUAUCGAUGAUACACUCGUCAGGAGGGUGAGAAGUGAGGACGUAGCUGAAGGUGGCAGCGAGGAGGAUCCAAAGGCUCUCGCUGUAGCUUUGGAGGCACACAAAAAUGAGGGAUCUGGGAAUCCGUUCUCUGCAUUCGAUGAAGAGCAAGAUCCUGCUGCUGAAGAUGGGUGGAAGCAAGCAAGUGGGCCAGGGAAGAAGUGGUCAAGUGUGGUCAAUGGCGCAUCAACUCCUAAAGCAAAAGCCGACAAGUCCUCUAUCAAGGAUAACAAGGUGGCAUACUUGUUGUUUUAUGAAAAGAUAUGA